GCUACAUUUUGAAUGAUGGAUUGUUCAGAGGAGGUUCAGUCUGUGUCUGAGGAGCCCAGCACUCAAAUGGAGCUAAAAAAGGGAAUGUCGAUUUUCAUUGAUAUUUUACGGAGAGCUGAUAAAAACGACGACGGAAAGCUGUCCUUUGAUGAAUUCAAAGCCUACUUCUCUGAUGGAGUCUUGACAGCUGAGGAAUUGAAGGAGCUCUUCCACACAAUUGACACUCAUAACACAGACAAUGUGGACACUGAUGAACUCUGUGAGUAUUUCUCCAAGCACCUCAGUGAAUAUGAGAAUGUUCUCGCUGCCUUAGAAGACCUGAACAUGGCCAUACUGAAGGCAAUGGAUAAAACAAAGAAGGACUAUCAGGAGUCCACCCACCUGGAGCAGUUUGUGACCCGUUUCCUUCUUAAAGAGACAACCAAUCAGCUUCAUUCACUUCAAAGCUCGCUCGAGUGUGCCAUGGAAACCACAGCCGAGCAGACUCGCCAGGAGAAACAGGGCCCGCUGAAGCCAGAGGUUUUGUCCAUCCAGCGGUCGGGUCGUCGCUCCAAUCGGAGGCUUCAGAGGAACAACAGCCUCUCUCCCAACAACCCUCUCCUCAGUCUCGUCAACUCAGGUGUUUAUGAUGAAGACAGCCAGUGGAUGAUCCAGGUCAACAGACUGCAGAAGCUUAUCGACCGCCUAGAGCAAAAGGAGAUCCGUAUGGAGCCUGUUGAAGAAGAAGUCUUGGAGAGCAAAUCGCACAUCCUGAUAGUCCAGAGGCAGCUCUCUGUGCUGGAGGAGGACCUGGAGGAGUUUCGUUUGGCUCUCAGACAGUACAUGGAGUGUGCCUGCGUCCAGACUGGAUGUCUACACAUCGCAGUUCAGCGCCUGGCAAAUGAAUCACGCUUCAUUCUCUACGAAUUCUGGGAACACAACAACGUUUGGAAGAAUCACCUGCAGACCAACUACAGUAAGACCUUCCAGAGGGGGAACGUGGACUUCCUGGAAACUCCUGAGAUUGUAACCACCAUGCUGGUUCCUGCCUCAUGGUGGGUCCUCAACAACAACUGAAAGUGGGCGAGCACCCUUCACAGAUCAUCACUGAUGGGUGCAGAGAGCAAACAGCCAACUGUCAACACAUCAGGAAGUCCACAGCAGCACGCGUGCACACACACACACAUUAACACACACACACACACUAACUCAACACAACUCAUGGUGAUUUCAUGGUGAUUAGUAUCAAUUUUAUGACCUCCAUGUUCCUUCAUACUUAGGUGGUAGCUGAAAUAGCCCGUGUGUGUGUUUUGUUUACACUCUUAGAUGACACUCUGACGUCCUUAAGCAAUGACCUUGUCAGACGGAAACCCAUCUGAUGAUCUGACAUCAUCACUGUGUUUGACAUGACAUCAGCUGCUGCCCAGGGUAGAUCAUGUGAGGCAGAGCGAGCAAUGAGUGUGCGUGACACAGUGAGCUCUGUGCGUUUGUGGAUGUGUGUGUGUGUGUGUGUGUGUGAGAGAGAGAGAGAGAGAGGAAGAGAGGGAGGGACAGAUAUAAUUGUAUCAAUUGUAGCAGCU